CACAUAGGCUCACAAACAGAGGGACGGAGAAGUUUAUGUUGUGGCGCAAGAGCUUUGUGAGCUGCAGAGCCAAAGGCCAACUCCUCCAUGUCGUCGCCGUUUGCACUUGUGACUUGAGAGUUGCGAAGUUGUUGCAGCUCUUCGCUCAAGUUCUCGCUCGCCACCUUCUCUGCCCUUCAAUCUCUCUUCGUGCUGCGCCUGAUCUCUCUCAUCAGCUGCUGGUCUGCACGAGUAGAGGUGUGUGGCACGCAUCGACUUGGAGUUCGCGUAGAAGAGGAGUAGUGGUAGCAAUGCCGGGCGGUCCCAACUCGCAAGGGCGGGGUAGGGGAGGUAGAGGUGGUGGUCGCGGAGGCGGAGGUGGUCGCGGAGGAGGAGGAGGAGGUGGUCGGGGAGGUGGAGGUGGUGGACAGCGAUGGUGGGAUCCUGCGUGGAGAGCUGAGAAGCUGAAGCAGAUGCAAGGGGAGGGUCCAAAGGAGGAGGUUUUGGAUGAGAAUGAGUGGUGGGAUAGGCUGGAAAAAUUAAAAGUUUCUCCGGACCAGCAAGAGGUAGUGGUCAAGCGGAAUUUUGGUCGCAGUGGUGCCGAAAUUCUGGAAGAUUUUGCUCUCAGGCUUGGUCUUCACUUUCACGCUUACAAUAAAGGGAGAAACACAGUGUUGGUUGUGAGCCGAGUGCCUUUGCCGAAUUAUCGGGCCGAUUUGGACGAUCGUCAUGGUUCCUCUCAGCGUCAGAUUUCAAUGUCUGCUACGACUGAGACUCGGGUGGAAAACAUGCUGGCUAACAUUCGUGGUGCUGAGCCAUCAUCAUCGUCUUCACCCCAAAUCUCGAAAGGAAAUGCAGCGGAUAAGGCUACUCUGCCCCGAUCCAGCUGGGGACAAGCAACUCCUCAAGGUCAGACAUUGGGAGUAGAUAAGGACAAGUUGAAUAUGGAGCUGAGAGAGAAUCAGCGACAACUGAAGGCAAGUGGACCAGUGAAGGCGUUGGAAGUGUUUCGAAAGAAAUUACCUGCAUUUCAGAUGAAGACGGAACUCUUAGAAGCUGUGAAAAAUAAUCAGGUAGUUGUAGUCUCUGGAGAGACAGGUUGUGGAAAGACCACCCAAUUACCACAAUUCGUGCUAGAGGAGGAGAUAGAGAAUUGCCGAGGUUCUGAAUGCAAUAUUAUUUGUACCCAACCUCGUCGUAUUUCUGCUAUGUCGGUGGCUGCCCGUGUUGCAGCGGAGAGGGGGGAUGCUUUGGGCCAAAGCGUUGGUUACCAGAUCCGUCUGGAAGCUAAACGAUCUGCAGAGACUCGUCUUUUGUUUUGCACCACUGGUGUGCUGCUUCGACGGCUUGUCCAAGAGCCUGACUUGAAUGGUGUGAGUCAUGUCAUGGUUGACGAAAUUCAUGAACGCGGCAUGAAUGAAGAUUUCUUAUUGAUCAUUUUACGAGAUCUGCUACCUCGUCGCCCUGACCUGCGAUUGGUUUUGAUGAGUGCGACCAUUAACGCAGAACUAUUUUCUAGAUAUUUCGGAGGUGCACCGAUGAAGCACAUUCCUGGGUUCACGUAUCCAGUGAAAGAGCUAUUCUUGGAGGAUGUGCUAGAGCUUACUCGCUUUCCUGUAGGUUCUGAUCAAGGAGGUUACAAUGGUGGUGGAGGAGGUAGACGACGAAAGACCCAGGAGAAGGUGCAAGAUCCUGUGCUUGAAGCUUUUGAGGGAGUCAACAUAGAGUCGGCGUAUCGCAACUACAGUCGUGGCACACAGCAAUCACUACAAGCCUGGAAUGGAGAACAAAUUGAUAUUGGAUUGGUAGAGGCAGCACUGCAACAUAUCUGCGUGAAAGAGGAGGACGGUGCAAUCCUUGUGUUCUUGACAGGGUGGGAUGAGAUUUCGAAGCUGGUGGAGCGUCUCAAGGGAAAUUCCUUAUUUAAUGAUUCUAGACGGUUUCUCAUACUGCCUCUGCAUGGGUCCAUGCCCACCAUCAAUCAACGAGAGAUUUUUCAGAGGCCCUCAGUUGGUGUCCGGAAAAUUGUGCUGGCCACCAACAUAGCCGAGACUAGUAUUACGAUCGAUGAUGUAGUCUACGUGAUUGAUUGUGGGAAGGCAAAGGAGACAAGCUAUGACGCACUUAACAAACUGGCGUGUUUAACACCAACGUGGAUUUCAAAAGCCUCUGCACAUCAGAGACGAGGAAGAGCUGGACGAGUCCAACCUGGUGUUUGCUAUCAUUUGUACCCCAAGUUGGUCUAUGAUUCUAUGCUCCGUUAUCAACUUCCCGAGAUACUGCGGACGCCCUUACAAGAGUUGUGUCUCCAGAUAAAGAGCUUACAGCUGGGCAAUAUUGCGAGUUUCUUGUCAAAGGCCUUGGAGCCACCUGAAGUUCUUGCGGUACAGAACGCUAUAGACCUACUGAAGACAAUUGGUGCUCUGAGUAACGCGGAAGAUUUGACUCCCUUGGGUUGUCAUUUGGCAAAACUUCCAGUGGAUCCCAAGGUGGGUAAGAUGCUUCUUAUGGGUGCAGUCUUCCAAUGUCUUGGACCUGCUCUAACCAUUGCAGCAGGUCUUGCUCACCGGGAUCCCUUUGUCCUUCCCCUUGAACACAAGGAAGAAGCUGAUGAGGCCCGACGGUACUUUGCGGGUGAUUCUCGAAGUGACCAUGUAGCACUGCUGAAAGCUUUUGAAGGAUGGCAGGAGGCAAAGCGUGCAGGAAGAGAGCGUAAUUUUUGUUGGGAGAACUUCUUGUCCUCAAAUACACUGCAAAUGAUGGACGACAUGCGCCGACAAUUCCAGGACUUGCUCUCUGACAUUGGAUUCUUCGAUAAGUCCAAAGGCACCCAGAUUUACAAUCAGUACAGUCAAGAUCUGGAGAUGGUGAGAGCAGUCCUUUGUGCUGGUCUGUUUCCCAGCGUCGUCCAGUGCAAGGCACGUGGCAAGCGAACCGCCUUCUUUACAAAGGAGGAUGGCAAAGUGGAACCCCAUCCAGCCUCUGUGAAUUCUCGGGUUAAUUCAUUCCCACGCCCAUGGCUUGUUUACGGGGAGAAAGUGAAGACUUCUGCAAUUUAUGUGCGAGAUUCCACCAACGUUUCCGACUAUGCCUUACUCAUGUUUGGGGGGAACCUAACUGUCAGCAAGAAUGAGCAAAGCGUUGAGAUGCUAGGAGGAUACCUUCAAUUUCAAGCUUCUAAAAAGACACUCCAGUUGGUUCGAGAAUUGCGGAGUCAACUUGAUAUGCUUCUUGACCGGAAGGUGAAAAAUCCACAGUUUGACAUUCACAGAGAAGGCAAACCAGUAGUAACGGCAGUGCUGGAGCUGCUGCAAACUAAUGGCAAUGACGAUGGUGGCUAUGGUUGGGGUUCAGGUGGUAAUUAUUCUAGAAGAUAAUGUGUCAAUUUGUUUUUAUUAGGGGAGAUGUUUUAUGGACUUGUGUCUCAUCACAUCAAGGCUGUCUCCUCCGUACGGAUUAACCCUGGUUGUUGGUGGCGUUACUGAAGCUACUUAGGUUUUACUUUAUGGAGUGGUAUUUCUCCACUCUACUUCUCAUAGCCAUUGUGUCGUCAGCUAUAAAUGAAUUGGCUUAAGCCUCACCUAUGAGGAAGCAGUGAUACGUGAGCGGAAUUAGAUAGAUUGUGGAUAUUAUCUCCGAGUAUGCAGCCAUGGGGCUCUUGGAGCCUCACGAUCAAAAUUCUAGUCACUGAGUAAACUAUUCUCAUUUGUGGUUGCUAUCAAAAUCAAAGACUUGGCUUUUGCAGGUUGACAUCCAGCACAUUUCGA